GCACGUUCCUCGGAGUGCCCAUGUCUUCUCUGCUUAAUUUAUCCUCUUAUAUAUUCACAAAACAUGCAUUCCUUUUAACUUCCAUCGAACACCCUCAAAUCAAACCAAGCUGUAGCAGACUAGCAGUAGCAUCGCCAACACACCCUUGUCCGUGGUGGAAGGAUUCGCGAAUGGGGCAGCAGUUUGGGGACACGACGCUGACCAAGGUGUUCGUGGGAGGGCUGGCGUGGGAGACGCGAGAGGAGGCGAUGCGCGAGCACUUCGACCGCUUCGGCGACAUCCUCGAGGCCGUCAUCAUAUCCGACAAGCACACCGGCCGUUCCAAGGGCUACGGCUUUGUGACGUUCAAGGAAGCAGAGGCGGCGAAGCAUGCGUGCGAAGACGCGUCGCCGGUAAUCAACGGCCGUCGCGCCAACUGCAACCUCGCUUCCCUCGGCGCCAAGCGAGCUGGCCUCCGACCCGAGCCUCCGUCCACUCGGGUGCCGCUCUCCGCUCACGGCCAACACCACCAACCGCCACCAGAUAUGGCGAUGGGACCCAGAGGAGUGUCAUCGGCGCCACCGCCGCCGACAGGAGCAGCGCAGUGGUACUACCGCGUCCCCUCCAUAACGCCGCCGCCAUCGUCGCCUCCUCCGUUCCAACUCCAUCACUACCACAAUGCGCUCCCAUUCUACCCCACCGCCGGCUACAGGUACUCUCCUCGUUACAUCACAGACUUCAGUUACAACGGGAGGAUGGGACAUACUGGUGGCUUGGUCGCUGCUGCCGGAACGAUGCCAGUGUAUCCUUUGUACCAGUUCCAGCAGCAUCAGCCUCCCUUCUUCCAUGCCCCCAAUGCUACUACUGCCGUCGCCACCGUGCCGUCGGCCAUCCAGCCUGCUCCGCCCACAGGUCGGUCAUCUCAAUUCAAUCACGGUUGUCACAUUUCCUUGUGAGUUUAUGGUUGUUAAUCAUACACCAAAACGAAGAAAGACCAAGAAAACUCUUGUGUAGGGUUUAGUUUGUCAUCCUCUAAGCUUCAGGCACUGGCAAGAAAAUGCUUAGAUCAGUCUGUUUCUGUGAAAGAAUAAUGGUAUUGUUGUAGAAUAGGAGUUGUUCAUUUAUCCACAAACACAAUAAAACUUCUUCAAAUUGCCCCUU